AUGCUUUGUCUUAGCAGAAGGGCAUACUAUGGAAAUAUUAAUUUUUUUGGAGGGCCUUCUAAUACAUCAGUAAAGACUUCUACAAAACUAAAACAACUAGAAGAUGAGAAUAAAGAUUCCAUGUUUGUGUUUAUAUCUGAUGUUUGGUUAGAUCAAGCAGAGGUGCUGGAAAAACUUCACACCAUGUUUUCUGGUUAUUCACCAGCACCUCCGACCUGCUUUAUUCUAUGUGGCAAUUUUUCAUCUGCACCAUAUGGAAAAAAACAAGUUCAAGCUUUGAAAGAUUCCCUAAAAACUUUGGCAGACAUAAUAUGUGAAUAUCCCAAUAUUCACCAAAGUAGUCGUUUUGUGUUUGUACCUGGUCCAGAGGAUCCUGGAUUUGGUUCUAUCUUACCAAGGCCACCGCUUGCUGAAAGCAUUACUAAUGAAUUCAGACAAAGAGUGCCAUUUUCGGUUUUUACUACUAAUCCUUGCAGAAUUCAGUAUUGUACACAAGAAAUUAUUGUCUUUCGUGAAGACUUAGUGAAUAAAAUGUGCAGAAACUGUGUCCGUUUUCCUAGUAGCAAUUUGGAUAUUCCUAAUCAUUUUGUGAAGACUAUCUUAUCCCAAGGACACCUGACUCCACUACCCCUCUAUGUCUGCCCAGUGUACUGGUCAUAUGACUAUGCUUUGAGAGUGUACCCUUUGCCUGAUGUACUUGUCAUCGCAGACAAAUAUGAUCCUUUCACUUUGACCAAUACCGAAUGCCUCUGCAUAAAUCCAGGCUCUUUUCCAAGAAGUGGAUUUUCAUUCAAAGUUUUUUAUCCUUCCAACAAGACAGUUGAAGAUAGCAAACUUCAAGGUUUUUGA